AUGGCGCGGGGCCUCUGCCUGCCGCGACUGCGCACGCCCGAUGUGAGCGCACGGCACAUGGCCGUUGCCUUGGAUGCCAAGGCACGGCAUGCCUUGACUGCCUGCAGAAUCCUGCGGGCCGUGGGAGCUUUCGGGCUGAUGCUACUGGCCCUCAAUAUUUUCUCGACGUGCGCGCUUGGGAUGAGCGUGAGGCUGAUCGUGGAAAUGCUGCGGACCCACAGAGAAGGUAAUUUGGUGGCCUUUCUCAUAGGAGCUGUCGGGACUGUAUUGAUGCAGUCACCGGCGCAAGCGAUCUUGAUCGCUGGGCAAAUGGUGGCCUCGUCUCAGAUUGAUGCGCAGAUCGGGAUCAUCCUGACGAUCGGCACCUCAAUAGGUGCCACGAUCGGGCCACUUCUUUUGGCCGCUAUGCCUUGCCAGUGGCCUCACCUGACUCGAGCAGUUUGGGGCAUAUCAUCCUACCAGAUGCUGAAGCUCAUGGCGUGCAGUAGCUGCGCGCUUCUUCUGGUGCCUGCGGAAAUUCUGAGCCGGGGCAAACUCUUGGGCUUCACCUCUGCGCUGGUGGACUCCAUGGCCUCCAUCCACCUCACGUAUAUCGACCCCGCAUCCUGGGUGGUCCGGCCGGUAGCGGAUCUCGUGGUGCGUAUUCAGGAAUGGCGACUCAAAGCCUACAUCUUAGGGCCACCGGCUGUUCUGCCAGCUACAGGCGUGUCCUGCAUCACUGGAGAUCUGCAUGAGCUUGCUGCAGCUGGAAAGGGCUGCACCUACUCAUGCCUAACCGAGCCAGUUCAACGGACAUGGCACAAACUGAACCCAGGAUAUUACAGCCAGCUGAACAUUUGCGCUAAUGCUCUUAAUUCGACUGUUUGUGACGGUGACCACUCUUCAUGUUUGCUGUCUAGCACUACUUUCUGGAAGCUCAAUGUGGAGGAUGAAAGGAUCUUAGAAGAAGGCGGCGUGGUCUCAGGCUUGAUUUGCAGCCUCGUCUUCCUGUACAUAGCAUCCCGUCUUUUCCAGAUGGCGGACCUGCGAUGCUUGGGAAGAUGCCGUAUUGCACUGGAGAAGGCUCUGACGAUCCCUGGGCCAUUGGCGAGCUUUGGCAUCAUGCUCUUCUCCUUGUUGUUGAUGCAUGACAGCGCGUCCAUAGUUUGCAUCCUCACUCCGUUAUGUGGAAUCGGAUAUUUGCCACCUGCAAAGAUGAUGUAUCUUUGCAUCGCAGCUGAAAUAGGCAGUGCCCUUGCACUCAUCGCGGCUGCCACGGGUGAGCUGCCAUACUCCAAGGGGAUUAUCCAGCUAGGGUGGGUUUGGCUCCUCUGCAGCAUCUUGACCAUGGUCUUCACAGCAAUGCCCUGCGUGCGUCGCGUGGCACUCCAUUCUGGUCUGAUGUGCGCAGCUGCUGUCAACGAGUACUCCCUGGUGUAUUUCGUUCUCCUCUUGAGCCUCCCACUGGCGCUGGCGGGAACGUUUGCCCUCUUGUCCCUAUGGGAUGCAUCUUCGGUGUUCACGAUCUGCAUCCUCCUGGUAGUGCUGCCCCUUCUGGUCUCGACGGCCGCCUGGUGCUUUUGGCGGUCG